AUGGCGAGCAAACGGGUGAACGUACUCGUUUAUGCUGGUACUGGCGCGACGGCCGGAUCAGUCCGUCACUGUCUCUACACCCUCCGCCGUCUGCUUUCCCCCAACUACGCUGUCAUACCCGUCAAUGGCGACGCAAUUAUCAAAGAACCCUGGACCGCCUCGUGUGCUCUCCUAGUCUUCCCAGGAGGCGCAGAUCUAGGGUACUGCCGCACUUUGAACGGCGAGGGAAACCGCCGGAUCAUCCAGUAUGUCAAUCGAGGCGGUGCUUACCUUGGAUUUUGUUCUGGCGGCUACUACGGCAGCAAGCGCUGCGAAUUUGAGGUCGGUGAUCCAAAGAUGGAGGUCGUUGGGGAGCGCGAACUAGCUUUCUUCCCGGGUGUCUGUCGGGGGCUCGCGUUUCCUGGCUUCCUUUACCAUAGCGAAGCUGGAGCAAGAGCAGCGGAACUGCGCGUCAACAGAGCCAACUUACCAGCCAGUCCGGGCACGCUGCCGGAGACUUUUCGAUCCUACUACAACGGUGGCGGGGUCUUUGUUGAUGCGGAAAAGUACGCAGACAGGGGCGUAGAGAUACUAGCUAGCUAUACUGAGGAGCUCAGAGUUGACGCUGGCCCAGAGAAAGCUGCUGUUGUGUACCGUAAAGUCGGCGAUGGUGGCGUGAUCCUGACUGGGCCUCAUCCUGAGUUUGCCGCCGUGAACCUGAGCAAGCAAGACAAUGGACCCGAAUACGCCAAGGUGGUCGAUGCUGUUGCUGCAGACGAGAAGCCACGCACAGAUUUUCUCAAGGCUUGCUUGACCAAGCUAGGCCUCAAGGUCAAUCAGGAAGAACAAGCGGUACCUUCCCUCUCCCGUCUUCACCUCUCUACUCACAAACCGUCGGACGUCGCUGAGCUCGUGUCUUCUUGGCAAGAAAUCAUUACUCUAAGCGACGGCGAAGAAUACAUCAAGGGCGAAAACGACACCUUCCACCUCGAGAAGCCGGACAGGUGGUCAAUGAGCACGCUCACGCAGGCCGUGGCUUCAGUCUUACCCGGCGCUGCGGGUAAAGAGAAGGACAAUGCUGAAGAAGACCAAGCCGGCCUUAUCGACUACGACAAGGUAGUAAAACGUAUAGUAGCCCAUGAAACCGAGCUCCCGUCGAACAAGGAGACCCCUUACUUCAACCACUACGCCUAUUUCGCCAACCUCCAGCACUACCAGCAUGAACUGCGAGACUCCGAUCCAGCUUUCGGCAAAUACAUCCUCUACGGCGAAGUCGUCACCAGCACGAACACCCUUCUCGAAAAAAACCCCGCCCUCCUCUCGCACCUCCCACCCGGCUUCACCGCCGCAGCAACGACCCAAAUCGCCGGCCGCGGCCGCGGCACCAACGUCUGGGUCGCACCUCCAGGCGCGCUAAUGUUCAGCACCGUCCUGCGGCACCCUCUGGCCCUAACGCAAUCCGCUCCCGUCGUGUUCCUGCAGUAUCUCGCCGCGCUGGCCAUCGUGGAGGGAAUCCAGAGCUACGAGCCGGGCUAUGCGAAGUUACCUGUGAAGCUGAAGUGGCCGAAUGAUAUCUAUGCUCUCGACCCUUCUGUCUUGAAAGAAGACGGUAGUGAUGGGAAGAAGAGGGAGGCAAAGGAUUAUGUCAAGAUCGGGGGCAUACUCGUUACCUCAAGCUAUGCGGGCGGCGACUACACGUGCGUAGUUGGGAUUGGGAUCAACGUCGCGAACGCGGCGCCGACCACUAGCUUGGACGCACUGGCGACGAAAGUGGGGCUGAAGAGGCUUCAGAUGGAGAAGCUGCUCGCUAGGAUUCUCGUCUCGUUCGAAGCUAUCUACGGCAAAUUCUGCAGGAGCGGGUGGAACAGGGAGCUUGAGGAGAUCUACUAUAGGAAUUGGCUGCACACGGACCAGAUUGUCACGCUGGAGAGCGCGGAAGGGCAAAGGGCGAGAAUUAAGGGGAUUACAAGGGAUUGGGGCCUGUUGCUUGCUGAGGAGUUAGGAAGGGAGGACAGGAACACGGGCAAAGUGUGGCAGCUGCAGAGCGAUAGCAACAGCUUUGAUUUCUUCAAAGGCUUGGUCAAGAGGAAGGUGUAG